CACUUUCAAGUUAACUAUGCAUGGGUUGGAGCAGACUUUACAACCAAACAUAAUACCUAUUCAUACAAAGGUGGCGUUGUUGAUUCUAUGGCUGGAAUUGAUCUUUCUAACAAUCAGUUGAGUGGUGAAAUACCUACGGAACUCUGUAAUCUUACUGCGAUUCGGGCGUUAAACUUGUCAAGUAACCACAUAAUUGGAACAAUACCAUCCGAAUUCUCAAACCUCCAGAAAAUUGAGAGUUUGGACCUAUCAUACAACAAAUUGAGUGGGAGGAUUCCCCCACAACUUGUAGAGUUGACAACUCUAGCUGUGUUUAGCGUGGCACACAACAAUUUAACAGGUAUGACUCCACAGCGUACAUCUCAGUUUGCAACUUUUACUGAAAGCAGUUAUGAGGGGAAUCCGUUUCUUUGUGGUCCUCCGUUACAUAACAAUUGCAUGGAGACUAAAGAGACACCGAUGUCAUCUCUCGUGCUAGAAUGUUGUGAAGCCGAUCAUGGUUUUCUAGAAAUGGAGUCGUUCUACAUUUCCUUCCUUGUGGCAUAUGCACAUGUGGUGCUCGCCCUGGUUGUAGUACUUUGUGUAAACCCCUAUUGGAGAAAUGUCUGGUUUUAUUAUGUAGAUUCUUGUAUGUAUUCGUGUUACUAUUAUUUUGCUUCCAAAUGUAUAUGACCUUAAAAAUAAAGGUGACUUAGUUGCAUUUCGUUAUGCAAAUUGUA